CACAUUUCUUAACUUUCAGAGGAAAUGCUUUCGGCAAUCAUUAACUGGCUCUGAUUUGGACUCUUUGCUCUGCUUUGAUUUUAAUUCCUCACAAAAUGUGUGCGAGAUAUCUUGGAUUUGUUCUUCUGGUUUGGUUUCCGGGAGUGUUGCAUGCACAAAGUGCAGCACAGUGGUGCAGAGCUCCCAGGCUGAAAGAUGGUUAUUUUGUCCCUGAGCGUGAAACAUAUGAUCAUAACCACUCGCUCACUUAUGCCUGCGAUCACGGACGUAAACCAGCAGUGGAGGGUUGGUGGGCAACAAGCACAUGCCAAAACGGCAAAUGGCACCAUAUACCACAAUGCAUUGAGGAAGAAGCCUGCAUUCCACCAGAGAUACCCAAUGGAAGAUACACAGAAAGCUCAAAUGGUCGGUAUGAGCAAGGACACAAAAUUAGGAUAACGUGUGACAAAGGAUAUGAAACCAAGGACCGGGAUGCCACAGCUAUAUGUAUGAGUGGAAUGUGGUCUUCUGUGCCAGUCUGUGAGCAAAGUGUCAGUGCAUGCAGCGAGCCCCCUAAAAUCCCUCACGCCGUCAUCAUUCAUCAGGAGUACCAGGAGCUGUUUGCUGAAGAUUCAACAGUGCAGUAUGAAUGUGAACAUGGAUAUACUGCGAAGGAAGAAGAUAAAAAAACCAUCUAUUGUAUAGCUGGAAACUGGAGUGAAGGCCCAACGUGCAAGAAAGAAGGCUGCAUUCCACCAGAGAUACCCAAUGGAAGAUACACAGAAAGCUCAAGUGGUUGGUAUGAGGAAGGACACAGAAUUGGGAUAACGUGUGACAAAGGAUAUGAAACCAAGGACCGGGAUGCCACAGCUAUAUGUAUGAGUGGAAUGUGGUCUUCUGUGCCAGUCUGUGAGCGAAGUAUCAGUGCAUGCAGCGAGCCCCCUAAAAUACCUGAUGCUGUCGUCAUUCAUCAGGAGUACCAGGAGCUGUUUGCUGAAGAUUCAACAGUGCAGUAUGAAUGUAAAGAUGGAUAUACUGCGACGGAAGAAGAUAAAAAAACCAUCUAUUGCAUAUCUGGAAACUGGAGUGAAGGCCCAACGUGCAGAUCUUCUGGCAGCUCUGGAUCCAUUGGGAGAGACACUGACCCUCAAAUCACCACAAUCAGCAGAUGUGGAACACCUCCCAUAGUUCUUAAUAGCAUUGUGGAAACUUAUCCAAUGUAUUUGAAAUACAAAUGCGGUGUUUUUUACACACGAGUGGGUCCAGAGAAAGUGGUGUGCUACAAUGAUGGCACAUGGUCACAAGUACCCACCUGCAAAGAUGCCUUCUGUUCUGUGAACACUGAGGAAUAUCCUGCGUUAAAGCCUGAUGGAGUCAAAUUUGUGAGAGACGGUGAGACAGUGAGACUGGAAUGUGUGAGACAAGACCACUGGUGGACGGAUCAUUAUUCUGUGGGCCGGUGCACUAAUGGAAGAAUGACUCUUUCUCACUGUCGUAGCUGGUUACAGUUGAAAUUCUGCUAAGGCUGAAGAUAGCCUGUUGCUGCCUUUCAAUUUGCUAUUUGCCCACCACCAGCUGAAAACAAAUGCCAGCCUGGAAACUUCUGAGAGACAACAAAGCCGUGAUCAUGUUGUCACACACACAAAUUGUUUCUGACCUUUCAUAUGAAUUUAUGAAUGCCUACAUAAUCCAAGAGUAAACUGUUUGUCUACAUCUCCAAAGCAGAAUAAAGUCUUUUACUGGAAUUUCAAAA